ACAGGAAGAAUAUCCAACUCGUCACCAUGAGCGCCGCAGCAGCAUCUCCAGCUAAGAAAGUAAAGAAGGCAAGCAAGCCAAAGGCUCCAGCAGCUCAUCCUAAAUAUGAAGUUAUGAUAGCUGCAGCUAUCGCAGCACUGAAGGAGAAAGGUGGUUCAUCUAAAAUCGCCAUCAAAAAGUACAUUCUGGGUAACUACAAGGUCGCUGAUGACAACAAAUCCAGUGCCCUCAUCAAAGCUGCUCUCAAGAGAAGCGUUGUUAAGGGUGCACUGAAGCAAGUCAAAGGCACCGGAGCUUCUGGCUCAUUCAAACUUGGAGAAAAGCCCAAGGCAGCCAAGAAACCAGCAGCCAAGAAAGUAAAGAAACCAAAGGCUGCAGCAGCUAAACCAAAGAAAGCCUCCGGCGAAAAGAAAGCAAAGAGUCCAAAGAAAGCCAAGAAGCCCGCAGCUAAGAAAGCUGCCGCCAAGCCAAAGGCCAAGACUCCAAAAAAGGCAGCCAAGAAGCCAGCAGCUAAGAAACCAGCAGCAAAAAAGCCCGCAGCUAAGAAAGCAGCCAAGAAGCCCGCCAAGAAGUAAACACUUUUCAGUGUUUGGUCGUAACUGACCCCCAACCCUAACAGUCCUUUUUCAGGACUACCCACUUUUCUCAAAAAGUGUCAAAUGACAUCUCGAAUUACGCUACACACUUAAGUUCGGUCAAGCAUGCCCUUAAUAUGAAUUAUAAUUCAAGUAUUUUUAUCUGUUUCCGACAUGUGUCAGUAACUGAAUACAAU